AUGGAAGAAGCGAAAGUAAAAGCAACGAUGGAACAAACUCUUUCGAUUUUUGAAAGACUUUCGUUGAAAGCAGGCGAUAACAAAGAUUCAGAAGAUGAUGGGAACAAUAAAAUAACAAGGAAGUCAUCUAAAACUAUUUGUUUCUAUCAGAAGACGCAGCAACCAUCAACAGCAUCGAGCUAUACUGUUCGUCUUACCAAAAAUCGAACUCGACAUCGUUACAAACCGUAUUUACUGCCUUUAAUGAGCAAAAUAGUCGAUACGCUUAAACGUAAUUCUGCCUUGGAAAGGCUUUGGGGCAUUAAAUUAGAAGGUGAUGUGGACGAACUGCGGUUGACGUUAUCAGAGCAACCAUUUAUUAUAGAAAGGAGUAAGAGCUCAAGCUGCUCAGUGGAAGCAUCGCGUUAUUCACCAUGGGAUUUAGCGGACGAAGGUGUUGAUGGCGAAGUUGCUGAACUAGCGGAAUAUUUUAACCAAUUUGUUAAUAUUUGCUUGAAAAUGUCGGUUCUGGCUGAAAGCAUGUAUGCAUAA